AUGACCAUGGUAGAAAAGGUCCUGGUCGUGGUGACUUUCGUCAUCAGCUUGGCCGUGAAUGGUUUGGCAGCAAGUGGUGUUUUCGGGCAGUCGAUCGGUGCCAUCUCGGCCCAGUAUCCCACCUACGUGACUCCAGACGGCUUGACCUUCUUGAUUUGGAGUGUAAUCUACACCCUGGAGCUGAUUCUCGUGAUCGCGCAGUGCUUCCCUUCUGAGAGUGCCGAGAAGCUCCUGCAGCAGGGGCGGUCCUGCUGCCUGACCAGCACCACAGUUCGUGUGCGGCUGAUCAUCGCGUUUCUCCUCAACGCACUCUGGUUGCCUGUCUACGUCAACCUGUACUGGGGCAAGGCUCUGCUUAUCAUCGUCCUCUACCUCAUUUUUCUGCUCUUGGCUUGCAUCGACAUAAACACCCUAACUACGACCUCGUUCUUGGAGUGGGUCUUGUACGGUGCGGGCAUUGCAUGCAACAUCAGUUGGGUGCUUGUGGCGACAGCCGCCAACUUGUUCACUCUUCUCGGCUCCUUCGGUUGGGAGGACGUCUAUGGAGUUGCAGGGACCCCAUGGGCCGCGGUCCUUGUUGUCGCCGUCGUUGCAUCCGUGGCCGUUGUGAUAGGCUCAAUGCGUAGCGAUUUUGCUUGGUCGAUUACAGCAGCCUGGGCUCUAGGAGGGCUGCACAGGCAGCACACGAUCUCCGACCCGAGCAGCUUCCCUCCGGAAGCGAUGAACAAGACGUUGGCGCUGUGCGCGCUCUGGGCGGCCAUCGUUGUUGGGGUAGCAACGGUGACCGGCCUCUUCCUGAUCCCUUACAAUGGCGCCUUCAAGUCCAAGGGUCGGGAGACAGAGCACAAGCCCCUGAGCACAAGCUCCGAAGAGAGCUCAGCAGCCAUGGCGAACAUUGGGGAGAAACUCCUGGUGCUGUUGACCUUCCUCUUCAGCCUGGUGAUCAAUGGUUUGGCUGCGAGCGGUUCUCUUUCCGCCGACACCAUCGCCGAAGUGUCCGACAAGUACCCGACCUAUGUCACUCCGGACCGGUUGACCUUCGCAGUCUGGGGUGUGAUCUACAUACUUGAGCUUUUACUCGUAGUAGCCCAAUUUGGCACCAGUGAGCGUACAGAGAAGGCGCUGUCUAAACCUGGUUGCCUCACAAGCCUUUCGGUUCGUUGGCGCUUGAUCAUCGCAUUCCUGCUUAAUGCGCUUUGGCUGCCGCUCUACACCAACUUGCAGUUUGGCAAGGCGCUGCUGGUCAUCAUUCUGUACUUGAUACUCCUCCUCUCGAUCUAUAUCGAUGUCAACACGGUUUCUUUGCAGUCGUUUUGGGAAUGGGUCGUGUACGGGUCGGGCAUUGCCUGCAAUCUCAGUUGGGUGAUCGUGGCAACCCUUGCCAACAAGUUGAAUCUGGCAGCAAGCUACGGCAUUGGAGUAGACCAGUAUGGAGUUGCUGGGACACCCCAUUUUGCGAUUUUGUUAGUUGCGCUCCUCGCUGCCAAAGCCAUCGUGAUGGGCACCGCGCGGAGUGACCUUGCUUGGUCCCUGGUGGCGGUUUGGUUCCUCGCCGGCCUCUAUCGCCAGCACACCUACCCCAGCAACUUUCCUCAGGAGGCCAUGAGCCGGACCUUGGCUUUGGUCUGCCUAUGGUCCGGCUGUGUCGUCAGCCUGGCCACGGUGUGCGGGCUGUUCAUGACCUCCUCCAACGGCGCGUUCCGUCCGAACGACGGGGCGGCAGAAUGA